AUGGGUAAUAUUCAGUUUUGUCUAGACUUUCCUGCUGCACAUGCUAUUUUUCAGCCUUAUAGAGUUUCGGAUCAUAACCCAUGCGUAUUAAAACUCGAUAAUGUACAAAGAGAACGUCCAAAAGCGUUUAACUUCGCGAAUUUUCUUAUGCAUAAAGAGGAGUUUCUGAACAUACCUUCUUACAAGCAGGGAAAUAUUCAUAAUCGAGUUGCAGCUCUUCGUGAAGACCUUGACCGUACUCAAAAAGCAAUUGACUCUGAUCCUGGAAAUGAGGGACUUCGUAAACAGGAAGCAGAUAUUCUAAUGAACUUUAAAGCUGCUGUGCUUGAUGAAGAACAAUUUUUAAAGCAAAAAGUGAAGAUUGAUUGGCUUGAGGUUGGUGAUUCAAAUACUAAAUAUUUCCAUAACUCCAUGAAAGCAAAACAUCAUCGAAGUAGAAUUGACAAGAUUACUGAUGUUCAUGGGAUCGAUCAUGAGGGGGGUGAAGUCCCAAAGGCCUUAGUUGCUCAUUAUGAAUCGUUUCUUGGAAUGCCAGGGCUAACGACAGAGUUUAAUAGUGUAGGGGUCUUUGUUAAUACUCUCGAUAGUACCAAAGCUAAUAUGAUGAUCCAAGCCGUUACUGAUGAUGAAAUUAAAUCAGCUCUUUUUCUAUCGAUGACAACAAAGCUCUGGGUCCGGACGGUGUAUAAAUGCAUUAACAAAAUUAUCACGAAUAGAAUCAAGGGUGGGCUGGAUGAUAUCAUUGACAUCAAUCAGUCAGCCUUUGUUUCUGGAAGACGUAUUUCAGACAACAUUCUUUUGACUCAAGGAUUAAUGCACAACUAUCAUAGGGAGAUUGGUCAUCCUCGAUGUGCGUUUAAGGUUGAUAUACAAAAGGGGUAUGACACAGUUGAUUGGAAGUUCUUACGAGCGAUCCUGAUAGGAUUUGGGUUCCAUACCAUUAUGGUCGAUUCGAUCAUGACAUGUGUAACGAGUGCUUCAUUCUCUCUUAGCAUUAAUGGUAAUAUUUAUGGUUUCUUCAAAGGCGAGAGGGGGCUGAGACAAGGAGACCCGAUGUCUCCUUAUCUUUUUACACUAGUCAUGGAGGUUCUUUCAUUGAUUCUGAAGAAGGCUAUUCGAGAAACAGGAUCGUUUAAGUUUCAUAACCAAUGUAAAAAAGAUCAAAUUAUUAACAUUUGUUUUGUAGAUGAUCUCUUCCUAUUUGCUCGUGGUGAUUUGGCUUCGGUCAAAGUGCUCAUGGAGGGUCUUGGUGUGUUUACCAAGGCAUCUGGUUUGAAUCAGGGUCUCUCAAAAAGCACGACGUUCUUUUGUAAUAUCCCUGAUCAUGUAAAACAUGCCGUGAUUGGUAUUAUGCCGUUUACUGAGGGACAACUUCCAAUUCGUUACCUUGGAGUCCCACUUAUCUCGUCUAGGCUUCUACAUAAGGAUUGUAAAGUCCUUGUUGAAAGAAUGGAGGCCAGGAUUAGCGAUUGGAAAAACAAGUCAUUGUCGUUUGCCAGAAGGUUACAACUCAUUAACUCUGUUCUUUCAUCUUUACAUAUUUAUUGGGCAUCGGUGUUUAUUCUUCCUGCUAGUAUUAUUAAUGACUUGGAAAAGAAGAUGCGAAGCUUCCUUUGGUGUCAAGGGCCGAUGUCUAAAGGUAAAGCAAAAGUGUCGUGGAAAGAUUGUUGUUUGCCUAAAAAUGAAGGUGGUCUUGGGAGUGAAUGGGGUUGGAGGAAAAUGCUACUCAUGCGUGAUGCUAUCUGUCCUCAUAUCAAAUACUACAUGGGAAAUGGACACUCGACAUCUGCUUGGUACGAUUCUUGGUUACCGAUAGGUCCACUAUGCAAAUAUAUAUCGCCAAGAGAAGUUACUUCAGCUAGAUUCAGCCUAGAAGCAAAAGUGAGCGAUCUGAUCAAUAAUGGUAGCUGGCUAUGGCCAUCAGCUUGGUCCGAUCUAUUUCCAGUCUUAAUUGGAAUGAAUGGUCCUAUUCUAAAUCGUGAUGAGGAAGAUACUAUUUUUUGGAUUGACAAGGAUGGAAAUGAGGUUUCGUAUUCAGCUAGUAGUACAUGGGACUCCUUGCGUUGGAGCCAACAAUGGGUUGAUUGGUUUGAUAUGAUUUGGAACUUGGUACACCCUCUUGCUAUGAUUCAGCAUGUUUCGUGCAGUUGGGAGAAUAUUUUGCAAGCUAUUCUUGCUGAUAAUUCGAAAUUAGCAAGAGUGGUUAUUGGGAAAUUACUUGUAGCUGCUACGAUUGAAACUGGUGACCUUGAAGAUCAAGAGGAAGACGCGAGGACGGAGCAUUUUGGAAGCAUGGAAUAUACCGAAGAUCAUGUUAAAGUAGUUGAGUACAUGCUUUUAAGCAUGUUAGUUUUGCUUGAUAUAUGCAUACGGCAUGUCGUAUGUAUAAACUAA